AUGGAGUCGGAGUUCCUCAUGGAAGCCCUGCGCGCCUUUCUCCGAAGACGCCUGAGGCAGCGCGUUUGUGGCAGCGGCAGCUGGACUGGUGGCAGGCUGAAGAUGCUGGUGGCAGACUGCGCUUUCGUAGCUGAGCCCUACGCAUUCUUGGUGCAUGCCCUUGUGGGCUACCUCGAUGAGCCGGGUACGCCGCGGGCGGUGCCGCCCGGCAAGGGUGGCAACUGGAUCACACAGGCUUUUGGCACGCUCGCUCAGAGGGUCAAGCCAGCGAGGUCAUUGCAAAGCUACGACCCACCUGACUUACCCGUAAACUGGGUGACGGCUGCUUUCGACACUCUGAGCGGGCGGCCGGCCUCUUGUCCAACAAAUGUACAUGCUGCACUAUUGAAGUUUGCAUUUAUGCUUCCAUUCGUAUACUUUUCAGGUAUACAUGCGUGUAAUUUCUUAGGGAGAGAGAGAGAGAGACAAAAACAAAGAGAGUGA